CCACGUUACAAGACUACUGAUUUUGUGUACUACUAUUAUUCAUUCGUUUGUUGUAUUGAGUCCACAUAUACGUCUUCAACAUCGCUAAUCAUCCCUCCUAGUUUUUCCGUUCUUCCACUACUUUGUAUUCCCUCCAAUUUAUUUAUCCAAUUAUGAUCUCCAAAUUGUAUCAACGCAUAACCCUUUUGGUGUUACUUAUAUUGGCACCAUUAUGUAUAUACGUGUUUAACACUAAUACUGGUAUGAGUGGAGACAUACACUUCCUUGACUCCUUAACACACCUACCCAUAGCAAUCGAAACACCUGAGAAAAAUGUACAGAUAUCCUCACUUGGUGAUGCCAAAACACCUGAGGAGGAACUCCUUCUAGAAAAUCUCCUUCAACUUGACGAGUGCACUAUAGUGAAUCCCCUCAGUCGAGGGUUUAUUGAUCUUAGAGGUCUCAGUGCUGGUGGUAACGAAGGACGGCCUAUCGGUUGGGGAGCUAAAGGUUACGACUCAGGUGUCAACUUCACUAUUGGAAUUUGUUCGUCGCCAAUGAAGAAACUACACGACAAAUCCGAAAUUCAGGAUGGUAUGAACUCUUCCCUUAUAGGAGCCUACUAUAAGGAUCCUAAGUCUGGACAAUAUGUAUCUAUUGGAGAGUUUAAUACGGUUCCCAAAUUCAGAGGUCGUAAAUUAACUUUGACAUACGACGGAGGUUCGUUUUGCAACAUAAGAGAUGAAAACGGUGAUAAGAUCAGAAAAUCCACUUUAAUAACCUUAACAUGCGAUAGAGAAAUGCAUUCCAAGGCGGCUGUAUCGUAUAUUGGUAACAGUAAUGACUGUUCUUAUAUGUUUGAAAUGCGUUCACAUCAUGUGUGUCCCACUGCUGUAAAGGGGAAUAGCACAAAUGCUUUUUGGAUCUUUUUAAUUAUCAUUGCCUCCGCAGUAAUCGGGAUAUCCUCAGGUAAUAUUCUUUAUAAGCAGAUGAAGAAGCCCAAAAGGAUAAACAUAUAAGGGAUAAUUAAAUAUCUUAUAUCAUUAUGAAUAUUAUAAGGGAAUAAAACAGAUAGACUUUUUUACUUUUGUCCCACUUUGAAAAGAGCUUCCACAGUGGAUUUGAAAUCUGUAGAUUCUGAAACUGGUGGAUUGGCUUGUGCAAGCUUGAACUUCAAUUCUAGUAUUUUUCUGGAUACAACUGACUUUGCUUGUGCACUGAAGAGUUGUCUUUCUAGUUCAUCACUUGGCCUUAUCACAUGCAUAAAGUUGCAAUGGUCCCUCGAACAACUGUUAGUAUCGUAAUCUCUGCAAUUAGCAUCAUGAAAACUUUGAACCGGAGAUAAUUCACAGUGUACGGGUCGGCUACCAAACCAUUCUUGAUUUAGUUCAACCACAGCUCUUCUGGCGCCUUCUUCAUUUUUGAAGCGACAGUAUACGUUUCCAUUCAAAUGAUUAUUUUCGUUUUCACAAACCACCAAUGCUGCUAUUUCCUCAAUUUUACCAAGACGAAUGAAUACAUCUUUGUAGAAGUUUUCAAAAUACUCUCGUAUUUGUUUGGGAUUUAAAUCCUGUUCAUUCUUAUUCAAUUUAGGAUUCUGAUAAAGGUUUGCUAAUAGCACUGUGUAAGACGUCAAAGGUUUUGUAUGUCUUUUGGAACAUUUCUCCCCGUGUCUACAAGCACCAAUCUUGGUGUAAAACUGACAGUUCAUGAAAUCGGACAUGAUGCGUAAGUUAUAAUAU